AUGCCACUUCAAACGUAUCAUAUAUCCUCAUCUGAAAAGGGCCUAUCAAGUGUUACGACACUCAUUGUUGGGACCAAAUCUGCUAUGCUGAUUGACCCGCCAUUCCUGGUCUCGGAUGCCAUUCGCGUUGUUCAAUUCAUCAAGGACAAAACCCCGAAUGCUUUACAGGCCGUCUUUGUUACGCACCACCACCCGGACCAUUACUUCAGUGCCAAUCCUAUCCUAGAGGCAUUCCCAUCUGCGAAAUUUUAUGCCGCACCUUAUGUUAGAGCCGGAAUUGACAGGGAAUACAAUGAGAAGGUUAAAUAUUGGCCGACCAUCUUUGGCAGAGACGAGAUUCCAGAGGUGCCAAGGAAACCUGAUCCCUACCCGUACAGCUUUAUCAUCCUUGACAAAGAUCCAGAAAGCCCAAUUAUGCUUCUGGGGCCAGUACAAGGUGACGCAGUGGACCACACGCUUUUCUGGCUGCCAACGGAGAGGACCGUUAUCACCGGUGACGCGUUGUAUGGGAGAAGCACACAUCUCUGGGCAGAAGAAAUUGAGACACCAGAAAUUCUCCAUGCGUGGCAAUCGGUCAUUGAAUUGAUUGAGUCGCUUAAGCCUACCAAGAUCAUUGUUGGUCAUCUCCAAGAUGGAUGGUCACUUGAUACUGCCGCCGACCUGGAGCACAAUCGUAAGUACCUGGCGCUUUUCGAUGACGAGAUUUCUCAGGCUGUUACGAAGCCGACCGUGGAGCAGAUCUAUAGUACGUUCGCAAAUGCCUUCCCACAGGCUGUGAAAAAUUUGGACUUCUUUUUGGGUCAUUUGAGCAAUCAGUUUGGCGAAGGAGGGGAGAUAUGGGAAGAGAAUCGCCAUCAUGCGGUUGAGAAAAGGACGAAAAAGACUUUAGAAGGCUACGUUUUGUAG